UGUCCCAGCCACGUCGGAGCUCAGGAAGCAAGGAGCUCUGUGCCCAGGGUUGAGAGCAGCCGGCAGUGGUAGUUUUCCACUCCAGGACUUCAGAAGAGUGAAUGGACUUCUCUGUCCUGCAUGAUGGCGGGCAGAGCGGGAACAGCAGGAAACCACCAGACGGUAUGCCGCUAUCCUCUGGGCACAUCAGGAGGCCACAUUCCAGAUGAGGACAUCACAGCUUCUAGCCAGUGGUCGGAAUCCACAGCUGCCAAAUAUGGAAGGCUGGACUCUGAAGAAGGGGAUGGAGCCUGGUGCCCAGAGAUACCAGUGGAACCGGAUGAUUUGAAGGAGUUUCUACAGAUUGACCUACGCAAUCUACAUUUUAUCACCCUUGUGGGGACCCAGGGACGCCAUGCAGGGGGCCAUGGCAAUGAGUUUGCUCCUAUGUACAAGAUCAAUUAUAGCAGAGAUGGUACCCGCUGGAUCUCUUGGAGGAACAGGCAUGGAAAACAGGUGCUAGAUGGAAAUAGUAACCCCUAUGAUAUUGUGCUAAAGGACCUGGAACCACCCAUCGUAGCCAGAUUUGUCCGCUUCAUUCCAGUUACCGACCACUCCAUGAAUGUCUGCAUGAGGGUGGAGCUCUAUGGUUGCGUCUGGCUAGAUGGUUUGGUAUCUUACAAUGCUCCGGCUGGACAGCAGUUUGUACUUCCUGGAGGUUCCAUCAUUUACCUGAAUGAUUCUGUCUAUGAUGGAGCUGUUGGGUACAGCAUGACAGAAGGUCUGGGACAACUGACAGACGGGGUCUCUGGCCUGGACGACUUCACCCAGACCCAUGAAUACCACGUUUGGCCUGGCUAUGAUUACGUGGGCUGGAGGAAUGAAAGUGCCACCAACGGUUACAUCGAGAUCAUGUUUGAAUUUGACCGGAUUAGGAAUUUCACCACCAUGAAGGUCCACUGCAACAACAUGUUUGCUAAGGGGGUGAAGAUCUUUAAGGAGGUUCAGUGCUACUUCCGCUCGGAGUCCAAUGAAUGGGAACCCAAUGCUGUCUCCUUCCUCCUGGUCCUGGAUGAUGUCAACCCCAGUGCCCGCUUUGUCACGGUGCCUCUCCUUCACCGAAUGGCCAGCGCCAUCAAGUGUCAGUUUCACUUUGCUGAUACCUGGAUGAUGUUCAGUGAAAUCACCUUUCAGUCAGAUGCUGCAAUGUACAACAACUCUGGAGCCCUUCCCACUUCCUCAGUGGCACCCACCACUUAUGAUCCGAUGCUCAAAGUGGAUGAUAGCAACACUCGCAUCUUGAUUGGCUGCCUGGUGGCCAUCAUCUUCAUUCUUGUGGCCAUCAUCGUCAUCAUUCUUUGGAGGCAGUUUUGGCAAAAAAUGCUGGAGAAGGCUUCCCGGAGGAUGCUAGAUGAUGAAAUGACUGUCAGUCUUUCCCUGCCUAGUGAAUCCAGCAUGUUCAACAACAAUCAUUCUUCAUCACCUAGUGAGCAGGAGUCCAAUUCCACUUAUGACCGUAUUUUCCCCCUUGGUCCUGACUACCAGGAGCCUUCCCGGCUCAUACGGAAACUCCCUGAAUUUGCUCCAGGAGAUGAGGAGGCAGGCUGCAGUAGUGUGGUGAAGCCAGUUCAGCCAAAUGGCCCUGAGGGUGUCCCCCACUAUGCAGAAGCUGACAUUGUGAACCUGCAAGGUGUGACAGGAGGCAACACCUAUUCAGUACCUGCAGUUACCAUGGACCUACUCUCGGGUAAAGAUGUGGCUGUAGAAGAAUUCCCCAGGAAACUCUUAACUUUCAAGGAGAAGCUAGGAGAAGGCCAGUUUGGAGAGGUUCAUCUCUGCGAAGUGGAGGGCAUGGAAAAAUUCAUGGACAAAGAUUUUGCGUUAGAUGUCAACACCAACCAGCCUGCCUUGGUGGCUGUGAAAAUGCUCCGAGCAGAUGCCAACAAGAAUGCCAGGAAUGAUUUUCUCAAGGAGAUAAAGAUUAUGUCCCGGCUAAAGGACCCAAACAUCAUCCGGCUGUUAGCAGUGUGCAUUGCAGAAGACCCCCUAUGUAUGAUCACUGAGUACAUGGAGAACGGGGACCUCAAUCAAUUCCUUUCCCGACACGAACCCCAGAACCCUCCCUCCAGUAACGCACCUACUGUCAGUUAUAUAAACCUGAAGUUCAUGGCCACACAGAUAGCAUCAGGCAUGAAGUAUCUGUCCUCUCUAAAUUUUGUCCACCGGGACCUGGCCACACGAAACUGCUUAGUGGGUAAGAACUACACCAUCAAGAUUGCAGACUUUGGGAUGAGCAGGAACCUAUACAGUGGAGAUUACUAUAGGAUCCAAGGUCGGGCAGUGCUCCCUAUCCGCUGGAUGUCUUGGGAGAGCAUCUUAUUGGGCAAGUUCACCACAGCAAGUGACGUGUGGGCCUUUGGGGUGACGCUCUGGGAGACCUUCACUUUUUGCCAGGAGCAGCCAUAUUCCCAGCUGUCAGAUGAACAAGUCAUUGAGAAUACUGGAGAAUUCUUCCGAGACCAAGGGCGGCAGACAUACCUCCCACAGCCUGCAAUUUGCCCUGAUCCUGUUUAUAAGCUGAUGCUUAGCUGCUGGAGAAGAGACACCAAACACCGCCCCUCAUUCCAAGAAAUCCACCUCCUACUUCUCCAACAAGGAAAUGGAGAGGAGUGAUGCUGUCAACUCUGGAGCACCUCUGAUGGUCCCCUAGUCCUCCCCUUAAAACCCACCACUUCUCCAAAUCUAAGCCACUUCACUUGGACUUCUAAUGGACCCUGGGAGGCAGAGGCUUCUUUGUUUUUCUCCUUUUUUUUUUUUUACAUUAAAAGAGCCAAAAAAGAAAAAAAAAAGUCUAGAUCAGAGGGAAUAAAAAAAAAAGAAAGAAAUCUCACCUGAUAUACCAGAGUUGGAUGACAAAGGCUAGAAAAUUCAAAUAAUUUAUAAAUGUUAAAUAUGCUUGUUUAUAAAUGUGCAAAUUCUGUGAUUUUUUUUCUGAGUUCCCAUUUCUAGGAAGUGAUUAACAAAUCAGAACAGAAAAAGACUUGAAGGAUGCUGAUAUUGUGGGGAAUGCCAUGGGGAUGUGUUUAAGUCAAAAGGUUCAGCAAAGUACUACAUCAUGAACUGAUCAUGGCCUUUGAGUUCUAAUGAGGCCUGUCCCAUUAACUCAUAAGCUAACUUGCCAGUAACUGAAUGUUUCUCCACAAUAUCCUCAUAUGUAGGAAUGGUUCUGAUAGCAUACUUGUAAACACACACAUACACACACACAACCAUGAUGACAAAAACAAUUACAAAACCAGGUUCCCAUGUGUGCUAUUGGAGAGUAUCCGCAUGGUAGAGAGAAUCCAAGGGGAAUCAGGCAGGUAAGAGGAUUUGCUACAGGUGAAAUAUCCUUUGCAAAAAUGGGAGAUUAGGCAGUUGUAAGUAAAGAGAGUAUGUGAAUGUAAUCUGUACAAGUGUGGAAUAUUUGUAAUUCUAACAGGAGAGCCUGGACAUUAUUUUUCUCUACAGUUUAUUCAAGUAUAUUCAGAUGUGGAUUUCCCCAAGGAAGGACUUGAUUUUAAAUCAGAUUCAAGGCAUAUCUGGGACUAGUACACCAUAGCUGAAGCUGCUGUUGUAGAAUAUUACCUAUGGAAGGAGCCUUAGAAAUCGUUUGGUCCCAGCUCAAGGAAGCUAUCAGAGGUGGGAUCAGUCACCAUCUCCAGGGACAAUUGUGGUCCUUUACCCAUUGAUUUACUCAUUUGCUGUGGAUCCCUCUUAUGCACAGGGCUUCCUUUAGACUUCUAGAAAGUGUCAAUUAUCUAGAGCAGCAUAUGGGAAACAUGGCAGAAGACGACCUUUGCAACUACUCUCUUGUAUACAAUCUCUCUGAAUCAUUGUUGGGCUUGACAUAGCUAGCAUGAAGUGGAGCAUGAGGCUGGGUCUCCUCCUUUGGACACUUGGGUAUUACUUAAGUAGUCCCAACUUUGUGUUACAAUGAUCUCAGAGGUGACUCUGAAUGUUCACAAACCCCAACUUCUCCAGCCCAGCAGAAAAACUAACUUUCAACUCAGAAUAUAGGGGGAGACAUAAAGAAUUUCAGCAGAGGUAUGACUAGGAAGGGACAGUAGGGGCUUUCCCCAGGGUAAUGAAAUUUGGAAGGAACCAGCAGUAUUUCCCUAGAUUACAUUUCCUCCCUACUUCAUUUCCAGGGGUCAGAUUGCAGGUGAGAUCCUACCCAUCCACCGCACGCUCAAAGACCUGGUUUAUCCCAGGCUGUGUUUUCUCUCUCAAUAGGCCAUACAUUCGCUCCCAGGCCAACUCCUCCCAACUCUCCAUUAGCAGCUAGUCCUUUGGUCACACAAAAACUUCUAGGUUUCCUGGAAGUAUAUUUCUUACUCCCUGCAGCUAUAUGUGAAUGCCUUUUUUGCCCUAGGCCCCCCAAAUUCUUAAUUACUGUUCUGGAUUUCUGGACAUAUUUUCCAGGCCAAGAUGCCAAGCCACUGUCUCACAGGCCUCUCUACCCACUUCGAACAACUCUUCAAGGUUCUGAUAAAACACCCCAAAUCAGUUUUCAGAAUCACUACUAGGGCAAAAGUACAGACUGAAAUCUUAGAUUCUCUGCUUUAAUCCACUGCCCCGAAAAGAGGUACCUGUUUCCUGUCUAUGAGCUCUCCUGUGGCCAGGGACAUGAGUUUCUUGAGUCCUUUCUUUCUGUUUACUCUCUUUGAUUCUGCAGCAAUUCACCUGACUGUUGCUUUUGUGCACUAAAGUAGUUCUAUACAAAUUCAUAUUUGAAGUUAGCUUAGUUAGCCUGGACUAGUCUGGCCCUUGUUCAAGAAAAAAAAAAAAAACCACUUCAGAGGGCUGUCAAAUCGAUUCAAACUGGUAGUUUGCAUGUAGUAAUAGGUGCUUAAUGAAUGUUUGUUAAAUUGAAAUGUUCAACAAGUGGUAUCACCAAACAUUUUCCCCUUUUCUUCUUGGGUGAGAGCCUUCCAAUAUUUAGGCUUCAGAAUGAAGACACAGUCCCAAUUACAUCCAAACAGCAUGUAGAGUCAUAGAAUGAUAGAAUCUCAGAAUUGGAAGGGAAUUUAGAAGCUAAUGAGUGCAGUCAUGACCUGAGCAAAAAUUCCCCUCUAUCAUAUGUCCCCAAAGUGUUCAUCCAGCUUCCACCUGAAGACCUGUAGUAAUAAGGAGCACUUUUAGUAUGGAGGCCCAUAAAUCAUCAAUAAACCAAUGAUUAAGCAUUUUUAAGCACCUCCUAAAUUUGUUUGACCCUAUGGUACAAAUACAGUCCCUACCUUCAGAGGACUUACAUUCUUUUGGGAGGACAUAGAAAGUUCAUAGAUAAGUAAAUAUAGGAUAUAAACAAAAUUGAGAGAGUGAGAGGAGAAGAACCUUUACAAUCUAUGAUCAGGGCAUUUCUGAGAACAAUGGAUUGAAAGUAGAGAAAUCCCCUACAAAAUGUUGCAUGGGACCUUGGAGUUUAAUAGUAGAUACCUGGCUAUGAUGCUUAUUUUUUUAACUAGAAGAGGGUAGUACGGGAUUGUUGAGGAAAGAGGAAGAGACAAAUAGAUGCUUUGUGGGACAUGAAACUCUUUUUUGUUCCCUUUGGAGUCAAUUCCCCUGGUCAGAUAGGCACAAUGGGGGUGGAAGAAAAGGGAAAAAGCCAAAGAUGUUGUGGGUGAUGAGGCAAGAUUGUAGUGUAAUGUAGACUAAAGAGGGCUGAGGAUGGGGCAGAGGGUUGAGUUUGACAAGAAGAGAGGGGACAGAAUCAAAGAGUAAGAAUGGUUUUUUGAAUGAUGUGGGGGGAGAGGGAGAGGAGGAAGGGAGGGAGAGUGAGAGAGAGAGAGAGAGAGAGAGAGAGAGAGAGAGAAAAUGAACAAUAAGAAAGUUUGCAGAGAACAGAGAUGGAAUGAUACAGCAUACAAACAUACAAAGCAAGUUAGGGCAGAAGUGAUGGUGAGUCCUUUAUGGGAGUCAAAAAAUAUUGAAUGAUACAAGUCUAUGUAUUGAAGAUUUAAAAAAAAAAAGUGAUGAAGGAAUAAAGGAUAAUGGAGCUGUUCAGAGUAGGAUGAAGGGAAUUCUUGAGUGAUUAAAAAACCCAUACUGUGCCACCAGAGGGUAGCAUUGUCCUACAACAGAAACACAACAGUGAGGCCCUUAUUUCUGAGGAUUUGUAGGUAUCUAUGGGUAUUAGGGGCAAGCCUGAGAUUUCAGACAGAUUUGAGCCAAAUCUCUCAGCUCUGGAAUUCACCCACUGAUACACAGAAAGAAUAGGUCUAAGCAAAAACCAGUGAUUUUUCUAUCUCCUACUACCCCAUCCUCUAUCUGCUGACUUCUGGCUUAUUAACUUGGUAUAUUGAAGCUAGAUACGUGUCUGGGGAUACUGAUUUGGCCUUACUUGUGGCUGAAAGAGAGGGUUGUAUUAGAUUCUAGCUCCAUAGACCCGGUAAAGAGAGAUGCAAUGAAAAAGCUACCCUGAGGAUUGGCCCAUCUGAUCUCAAGAAGAAUAGAUAGGAUGACAUCCUGAAUAUCCUGCCAGUCCUAAGGUUCGCUAACUCUACAGUAUACUUUUUGUUCACUACGGUGUUUCUUUAUGGGUCAUUGUCUCUGGCCACCUUUCUUCAUGGCAGGAUUCCACCAAGACAGGAAAAGUGAAAUUUUCUUGUAGAUACUGAUAAUCCUCAUAGUUAAGUAAGGCCACUAAGAAGACAUAGACCAUUUAUACCUGACCUCUGCCAUGUAUCAGGAACCUCAGCUGCAAGAUUUCUCUGGUCUAAGCAAUGAUGCCUGGUAUGGGAGCUCUACAACAUCUUUUCUUUGUUCCAUCCCCUCUCUUGCCCCUCAUUAUUCCACUUACCCCACUGACUAAUCCUAAGGAGCCAUUGUGGAUAUGAUCAUUUCCAUUCCUGCCAGGAGUAGGAAAGUUCAGUGUGAAGCUUAAUAGUGCCCCUUCUAAGGAAAGACAUUCAAUGGCAUAGGAUGUUAGAAAGGUGUGACUCCUUGCAUGCUUCAGGAUGAAUGAAGUUUUCUCAUUUUUCUUUUGAAAACAAAAUCCUCUCAUUAGGAGGCAUCUGUCAGAGAAAUUCUACCAACUUCCCUAACACUCAUGGCUCCAACACUCAGAAUGGUCAUAGACAAAUUGUAGAAAUCAUUGACUUGCAUCAGAAAUGACUGAAAACUUGGCUGAGGAAUAUUCAACUGACUUAGGAAAGAAAUGUGUGUACAGAGUUUAUAUGUUAUGUAUGGACGUGUUCUUCCAUUAGGGCUUGUAAAUGCUGAAGUUUUUCCCAUGACCCACAAGGAGGUGAGAUGUGUUAGAUAUCAAUGAUAUGGGGGUAGUCCACAUGUUUUGGGUAGAAGAGAGGAUGGAGAUGAAGAUGUUCCAAGGAAAGAAACAUAUUGAAAAGAAACAGCAUCUGUGUUGUACAAAACCACGAAUGAGAAGAUAAAAAAUUAAGAAUCUGAUUACCCAGAAAAAAGAACAGGAUUAUGGCUGAGCAGGGCCACUAGAAGUCUUUGUUUCUUAAUAUAAUUGGUAGGCCCCAAUUUUGCAGUAGACUAUCCAAAACCUUUCCUUUUAGCAGAUUUCUUUGAAUGUACAUAGUUCUCAGAAUGUUCCUGGAAUAAAGGCAUCCUGGUCCACAUGGAAA